AAUGAGGAGGAAUGCGCUUAGAUCAUGGGCAGUGUUUCGCUGUUUGAAAAGGCUUUUGGGCAGGCCCAUACCAACCACAAGAAGGUAGCAGCAGAUGGAGAGAGCAGAGAGGAAACCUUGAUUCAGGAAUCGGCCACCAAGGAAGAGUACUACAUGAAAAAGGUUAUGGAGCUGCAGACAGAACUGAAGCAGUUGAGAAAUGUCCUUGCCAACACCCAGUCUGAAAAUGAACGCCUUAAUUCUGUUGCACAGGAACUAAAAGAGGUCAAUCAGAACGUGGAGAUCCAAAGGGCCCGUCUGCGAGAUGAUAUCAAGGAAUAUAAAUUUAGAGAAGCGCGUUUGUUGCAAGACUACACUGAGCUUGAAGAAGAGAACAUCUGCCUCCAGAAGCAAGUGUCUGUCCUAAAGCAAAAUCAGGUGGAGUUUGAAGGCCUGAAACAUGAAAUCAAAAGGCUUGAAGAGGAAACAGAAUUUCUCAAUAGCCAGCUGGAAGAUGCUAUACGGCUGAAGGAGAUCUCUGAACGCCAGCUUGAGGAGGCCUUAGAGACGCUGAAAACGGAGCGUGAGCAGAAAAACAACCUUCGCAAGGAGCUCUCGCACUACAUGAACAUCAAUGACUCCAUGUACAACAGCCACCUGAACAUCUCUUUGGAUGGACUGAAAUUCAGCGAUGAAGCCACAGAGCCCAAUAAUGAUGAAAUCAUGAAUGGAUUUGAACAAAACUGCCUCAGCAAACUUAGCAAUGGCAAGAAUAAUACAUCAACCCCCAAGAAAAAUGAAAGUUUCCCUCCAGCUCCAAGUCUGGUUUCAGAUCUUUUGAGCGAAUUAAAUAUUUCUGAAAUCCAGAAACUGAAACAACAGCUUGUACAGAUGGAAAGAGAAAAGGUAAACUUGUUAACUACGCUACAGGAAUCUCAGAAGCAGCUGGAAAAUACGCGCGGAGCCCUCUCAGAGCAGCAUGAGAAAGUUGGCAGGCUCACAGAAAACCUGAAUGCAAUGAAGAAGCUCCAGAUCAGCAAGGAACGUCAGUCUGCCCUUGACAAUGAGAAGGACCGAGACAGCCAUGAAGAUGGAGAUUAUUAUGAAGUUGACAUCAAUGGGCCAGAGAUCCUAGAGUGCAAAUACAAAGUGGCUGUGGCAGAGAUUACUGACCUGAAAGAAGAACUUAAAAACCUUAAGGCCAAAUACAAAGAGUGUGAGUCUAAGUAUGAGGAGGAGAAGAGCAGAUAUGAGACUGACAGCCAAGCUCUCACUGAAAAGAUCACCUCGUUAGAAAAAUCCAGUAGGCAUGAUAGAGAACAGGUGGUCAGACUGGAGAAGGAGCUGAAGAAAGUCAGUGAUGUUGCUGGAGAAACACAGGGAAGCCUCAGUGUAGCCCAAGAUGAACUAGUCACCUUCAGUGAAGAAUUGGCCAAUUUAUACCACCAUGUCUGCAUGUGCAACAACGAAACUCCAAACAGAGUGAUGCUGGAUUACUACAAGGAAGGUAAAGGAGGACGCAGCAGUCCAGAGACCAAGGGAAGAAGGUCUCCUAUUCUUCUUUCUAAAGGGCUGUUAUCUAUAGAACUAGGAAAGGCAGAGAGUGGAAGCGGUGACACCAGCCCAUCUCCAGUGUCCUCUCUGCCAUCUCCUGUGUCAGAUCCUCGGAAGGAGCCAAUGAACAUUUAUAACUUGAUUGCUAUAAUCCGGGAUCAGAUCAAACACCUGCAAGCUGCUGUGGACAGAACAACCGAGCUGUCCAGACAGCGUGUUGCCACUCAAGAACUUGGGCCAGUGGACAAGGACAAGGAAGCGCUCAUGGAAGAAAUCCUGAAGCUCAAGUCCCUGCUAAGCACCAAGAGAGAACAGAUAGCAACUCUGAGGACUGUGCUGAAGGCCAGCAAACAGACUGCAGAGGUCGCCCUUGCCAACUUAAAAAGCAAAUACGAAAAUGAGAAAGCUAUGGUUACAGAGACUAUGAUGAAGCUGCGCAAUGAGCUGAAGGCUCUGAAAGAAGAUGCUGCUACCUUCUCUUCCCUGAGAGCGAUGUUUGCUACAAGAUGUGACGAAUAUGUCACACAGCUGGAUGAAAUGCAGCGGCAGCUUGCAGCAGCUGAAGAUGAGAAGAAGACUCUGAACUCGCUGCUUCGGAUGGCUAUCCAGCAGAAACUGGCCCUUACCCAACGCUUGGAGCAUUUGGAGCUAGACCAUGAGCAGUCCAAAAGGGUGCGCACAAAAUCUGCUUCCAAAGCCAAGAGCAGUAACCCUAGUGUAAGUCAUGUUCGGUCCUGCGGAGACAGGUCUGAAGGAUCUGUCCUUAACAACCAAGUGUUUUGUAGUGAGAAAUAUAAAAUCUAUUGUGACUAGGAGAGGUGUGUAGAAAAAUCAUAUUAUGCAUCUUAUUUUAUGCUGUAACUAUCAGCGUAAAUCCCCACUAUCUAACGUCGCAGUGAGUUGACUUGUAUUAGUAUGUUGUUAAACCAGGUAAUACGAUUGUAUUAUGGUGGUCUUAACUGUAACUAAUUCAUAAGUAUGGGGAUGCUAUUAACAAGUUAAUAGUGGAAAGUAAUUAGUUUUUUCCACAAUUAACAUGUAUGGGUUUUGCUGUUUAUGGUAAGUGUUAAAAGUGUAUACCUGAUAUACUUUAUCUGGUGUUACUAACUGUAGUUUGUAUAGCACAAAUGUGAUCCUUUCUCCAGGGUUGCAGCAUACUUCGAUAAAUGCUUUCACAGGCAGAAACAAACAGAAAACCUCCCUCGUUAGUGUGGCUUAAGAAGUGGUGAAAAGCAAAUGUUAAGAUUAGAGGUAUGUCUUGGAAAUGCAGAGCAUUUCGAAACUGGAACCAAAAUUAAUUUGCCUGUUGUGGCAGAUAUUAAAAACUUGCUGUCAUACCACCACUGACCAAAGUCUGAAAGCUUUUAUAAGCUAUAAAAGCUGGAAAAACAUGGUAGGAUACUUUAUUUACACUUUGCUUUUCCCUCUUUGGAGGGUUUGCCUGAAGAAACUUGCACAUUUAUAUUAAAAAUAUGCAAUAUUUACCCCAUCUGAUAUAAAACUUAAAAUUUUGAGAAUUGGGAUCCUACCUGGUAGACAGUUCCGCUUUAAGAAGUUAUGCUGUGGAAAAGUAUCACGUCCUGAAAGGAUCUUUGUGGUCUCCUGUUGCUCCUUGCAGCAUAACGCUUCAAAAAGAAUCUCUUUUAUAUAUUACUGUAGCCACACAACAUAUCUGUGUAGAAUUAAUGUGACUAUGGUCUAGUAUUGUCAAUUACAAAACAAUUUUUCUCAGCUUUCAGUAUUAAUCUUUAUAGGAUAGUAUUUCAGAGCUCUGAUAAUUUUUUUUAAAUAUACAGAAGAUAUUGCAUUCCUUAUGCAAGCACAUGUUUUACAGGGCUCUACAUUAUAGGCACAGGAAAUUUAACCAGAUCGUCCUGCUAAUAAUAAAUAUUUAUGAAGUAGCUUAGUAUACAUAUUAAUCUUGGAAAACAAACCUUUGUCUGCUAUUGAACUUGUAAGGGGCCUUUUUAGCCACUUAAUUUCAAUAUGUUUGAUGAUGUAAAAGUGUACUUCAUAAUUGGUGCCUAUAUAAGUGAUAAAGAUACGAGAUUGAAAAACGUUGCUUCUAAAAUUGUGGAAAAUUUGUGGAGCACAAUAAGGCACACUUUUUUUUUUAACCAGAGUUUCAAAGUGCCUAGCCUCAAACUUUAUUUUAAUGUAAAACCCUGUUCAUUUUGUACUCUUUCAAAUAAUUUUGUAUGCCUAUAGUAUUACUAAAAGCAACGCGAGACUGCACAGUUGUCUGCUUGCUAGUGAUGUUUUCCGAAGCCAUUCUAAUACUGCUGGUGUAGUACUGCCUCAUCUCACUGCCAUUUCUUAUAGAUGGUCAGCAGCUUGCUUCCUGUGCAUUGCCGCUCUGCCUAUAAGUAGUCAGGAGCUAUCACAAUGCUAAUAUAAGGUAAUAAGGAGCACAGCCUGUUUCCCCAGUGAAGGGAAACUGCUUGGGGCUUUGGCUACCCCGAUGUUGGCGGGGAGGAGGGGAAAGAGGUCGGAAAUCCACACAGUGAGACUUUCAAGAAACCUAAUAGAUUUGUGAAAACCUUGCUACAGGGCUGGGAAACAUUAUAAUGUUACGUUCAGACGCCGGAAUUGCCUUUGCCCAUACUGAGGGGGGAAAAAAACCCAAAUGAUUUAAGUUUAGUGACAACUGGGCAACGUACUCCAUGAGAUGUUUAAACAAAUAGCAAUUCUGGCCUUAGAAACUAGGUUCUGUGCAUCUGUUGUUACUUUUUUAGAAAACACUGAAUUCUCCUGAAUUUGAGCUUUAAUAUUGCUAAGUAGCAGGUUUGAUAUUUUAGAAGCAAGACAUCUUUUAACAGUUUUCAAUCCUGCUUUUCUCUUCUUUGCUGCACAAUCUUCCGAAAGGCCUUUAUUCUUCUCAUUCCUGCAUCAUGUGUGAUUUAAAAAUACCAUGUAAAAGCAGGCAUUUGCUAACUUUCUUUGCUCCGAUAGAAGCAGUUAUUUUGCUUCCGCUAUGGUAGGGAGCUUUAAUACGGUUUUCACUGCUUCCGUGUCUCUGGCAGUAUUGUCACAAAAUACUAAUGGCAAAAAGGUAAAUUCAAGAAACUAAUUGAGUUCAUUAUUAGGGUUUUUUUCCACGUUAACUGGAACUUUCUGUAAAGACUUCAGUGUUAUUGGACAGUGACUAUUACUAUCAGUCUUGGCUUGCCUUUUUCGUUCCAAAUACGAACAAUUUUGCUAUUAGCACAAUAGGCUUAGUAAUCAUUUCAUCUUCAUUCAUUUCUGUGGAUCUUAAAAAAAAAAAAAAAAAAAAAAAAAAAAAAAAAGAAGCCAAGAAACCCGACUAUUUGAGCUUGUCAAGGUUACAGUUUGACGACUUUUAGUACAUGUUAAAAAAAGAAAUGAGCGAUGGUGCAUAAGGUGAUUUGACCCUGUUGUUUGUAUGCUUAGGUAAUGAUUAUAUGUAAGAUUGAGGCUUGUAACUCUUGAUUAACAAUUUCUUGGAGCGUUCAUUUGGUGCAAGUCUUUCAUUUCACUUUCAAUGGGUUGGGAUAUCGCAUGGAAAACUUCUUAAGCCAUCACCUACCUCUGCAAGCAGGCUCCUCUGAAUGAUUACUGUUCUCUGCAUUGGCCUGCAUGAUAUACUGACCCUGCAUGUUUCUGGAGAAUCUAAAGCUUCACUGAAAAUACCUUUUGCACAUUCGUUGCUGUUAACUUGUGCUUGAACGGCAUAGCUUUAUUCAGUACUUGUAAGAAACCUUCUUUCUGCAAAGCUAUUGCUUCCAGGCUAAAACCAUAAAGCACCGUUUCAUCAGCUUGGAAAGCAUCUACAAGCUAAAACGGCUGCUUCUACCCUCGUAAGCUAACAGAUCCCCUCAACCAACUAACCUGCUAUGGAGCUUUGGCAGCACAUUGUAUAAAAUUGUCAGUUCUUUAAUUGAGAAAUAAACACUAAUCUUUUUUCUAAUGUUAUUUUAUUUUUCCAUUUUCAGCUGUAGAGUAGUCCCCGGAGAAGGCCUUUCCAACAGUGCAACAGCAUUUCUUAGCCUCUUUCAUUAUGGUUAAGAGUGGUAGCCCGUUGCACAAAGAAUGGAAACCUCUGACCUGACCUUAACUUUUUAAAACAUCUUUUCCUAUAUAUACUACCUGUAACUUACCUUUUAUGUCUCAAGCUGUAAAACAAACGAGCUUUACCUAUAAGUGCUGCUGCAGUAAGAAAACUUACAAGUGCUGAAGAAACCUACUUCAAAUGUAAUGAUCACCACAUUAGUUUCUGAUCUACUAGAAAUGUUCAGAUGGGGGAAUUUCUUUGCAGGUCAUUGCAGAUGCUCAUUUUUUCUCUGAUUGUUAAACCUGUGCACUUUUGAUAUUUUGAUAUUUUACUUUAGCUUCUUUAAUUCCUUAUGUAGAAGAGUUUAUAUAAAUGCAGUGGUUUGUGCUUAUAGUUUCUUUCCAAUUUGGGCUUGUGAUUGUUGAUUUCUACAUCAGCAUGUGGCAGAGACUUUUUUUUGUUUGGCUCUAGACUGUGUUUAGAAAGAGUUUCAACAAAAACCAGGAGCUCUGCUAAACUAUACGUGUGCUGUGCUUCAGCAGCUUUUUUUAUUAUUAUGAAAUGUUAAGCUUUAUAUGUUUAAAUUACUGAUUUUUUUUUUUUUAACUGCCAUGUUCAUUAAGAAAUCCAGGGUAUUCAAAUUCUGGGGUUUUUUUCAUAUUGUAUUAUUAUUCUUAGGAAUAGUUCAAUGUAACAAGAAGAAAACUUGACUUUGCUCUGGUUAAAACAGUAAUAGGCACUUGAAAAAUAUUAAAUAAGUAGUAUUACCUAUAAAUUCCAGAAUUCCUGGGUUUUAGGAAGUUGAAAUAUUAUUGAUUAACAGAAUUUUAUACAACUAUACCAGUUAAAUUCCAAAUUGGAAUUGUUUUGUUACUUUUUCAUUUUAUUGUGCCAAAUUAUGGUACAUUUAGAAAGAAAAAUUCUAAAGUUGUCAAUGAUAGGGUGUUACAUAUCAGCGCCUUUUUGUCAUUAAUUAUUGCCAGUAGUGCCUUUAAUAAUUUUAAGGGAGACUGUUAGAAUAGUUUAAUCUAUACAAGAAGGAAAGGAAUGGCUGUUUUGGAAUUUAGUAAAGACAUGGAGCAAUAAGUGCAAAGUGAACUCCCCUUUCGCACAUUUUUAAUGGGUAGUCUUACUAUAGAGAUUAUAUAUACAAGAAAUUGUAAAAAAUUCUGUUAGUCAAUGAUAUUUCAUCAUGCAAAUCCUUGCAAAUUCAGGGGCAUAGAGGGGGGGAAAAAAAAAAAGCCUAAACCAACCCGAAUACACUUUGGGAACCAAAUGGACUCAUACCGAACAAAUGAGCAAGAUGUAUUAACACAUUUGUGGUUACAGUACAGAGAACGUAUUGGGAAUACUGAUGUUAUGUUAGCUUUGUAUGGUGGUGGAUGCAGUUAACCAUAGUAUUGUUUGCAAAUGUGAAAGACGGAACGUUAAUAUCUUCUCUUGCAUGUUGUAUCUAAUCAUUGCAAUUUCAGGAAACAGAAACAGAAAAGUGCAUCAACAAGCUGUAUCUACCUCUCUUGGUACUGUUUGUUGAGGCUCACGUGAAUGAUUAAAUUGGUACUUGUUGAGGGGAAGCCUUCCCACUCCUCAAAAAAAGUACAAAUUGAAAUAAUAUUGUCAGUGGGGAAAAGAUUUCUGUUUGCUGGAGAAAACAUUAUUAUUCCUAGAUGUGGGGACUUAUAUUUCCAUCUUCUGUUACAGUAUUGAUUCAUAAGAACUAUUGUUGCAUUUAAAAUUACUACAUUUGUAUGUGGGUAUUUAUUUGAGAUGAUGUCGAAGUACUGUAUUAUGUUUUAUGUGCAUUACCUUUUAGUGGUGGAUUGGUCUCCAUUUAAUGUCAUAUGCAUGUAUUCUUGCCAAGUAACCUUUACACAGAUCUGAAAAAAGUGAAUGUUAUUGCUAAAGAGAAAAAUGUGGAAACUGAUUCUUAAAAGUAUAACUGUGUGUUAAUUGGAUAACCUUAGGAGGCAUAGAGGGCAAAAUGUUACUUCCAAAUUAAUACAAAAAGUGUGUUUGUAGGAAAGCAAUCUGCCUGCGUAAAGGUAGUCACAUUGGCAGUAUCAAUAAAAGAGAAAAGGAA